AUGGAAAAAUACCAAGAAUUCAGACAUGUAUGUAAGUUCUGCAGCAAGAGCUUCCAUUGUGGAAGAUCCUUGGGUGGUCACAUGAGGUCUCACAUGAUUAAUGACAUUUCAGCUCAGACUGAUGGUACAAAGAUCACCAAGAAAAAGCUUCCACCUCUCAACAACAGUAAAAGUGGAGCUAAGAAUAAUAACAUUAGCAAUGAAACUGCAACUGCUGGUUAUGUCCUGAGAGAGAAACCAAAGAAAACAUGGAGACUAGCAGAUCAUUCAAGUACUGAGAAUACUUCAGUCCCUCACAAGUCUUGCAGAGAGUGUAGCAAAGUGUUCCAAUCUUGGAAAGCUUUGUUUGGUCAUAUGAAGUGUCAUUCACUAGAGAAAGAACGAGUGUCUAACGAUAAUAGCUUGAAGGAGCAGCAAGACUCUUGGACUAGUGCUAAUAACCAGAAGCUGAUAAUGGAUAGCCAAUCUGAUAAUGAAACUCCUGCUCCUAAUCGAAGAAAGAGAUCGAAAAGGAGAAUAAGGUACAUGGCUACUGCAAAUUCUUCUUCUUUGUCUUUUGCUAACAACGCUUCCUCUUCUGUUUCUGAGAUUGAGCAAGAACAAGAAGAGGUUGCUAUGUGUUUGAUGAUGCUUUCUAGAGAUGCUAGUCAGUGGGGUGGGGUGAAUUCUGUUGCCGAGUCCUCUGAUAAUAAUUCUGUGUUUCUAGAAACUAAUGGGGCUAGUUCUAAGACUGAAGGCAAGACUUCUGUUUGUAAUGGUAGUGAGACUGUGAAAUUGAAGACAUCCGGUGAGAAGAAAUUAGAGAUUGACAAAUUGGAGUGCGAUGAGGAUUUCAAAUUUUCUGCCUCUGGGAAUUCAAGACAGGGGCUUCUGAAGAAUGAUAGGGUUAAAAAGUCUCAAUUGGAUGAUCAAUGUGGAGUUGAAAUAGUAAAGGAUUUGACCAAGGAAACUGAAUUGGCUCCCAAUAAGUGCAAUUCAAGAAAGAGAAAGCUAUGUGAUUCUUUUGAUCCUGAAUUGAGGUCGGAUUCCAUGAAGAAACUGGCAAGCAAUGCUUUGGAUUCUAGAGCUUGCAAGAAUUAUGAGAGAAGUAGCAGCAAAUUUGAGUGUACUACUUGCAACAAGGUUUUCCACUCUUACCAAGCUCUAGGUGGCCAUAGAGCUAGCCAUAAAAGGAUGAAAGGCUGUUUGGCCUCCAGAAUUGACAGCAGCGAAAACAGUGUUAAAACUGAGAUCUCUCCUGACGCAACAGCAGAUAGUAAGCUCAUCAUGAAAUCCAUCAACGAUGAGACUCCCAUUGAUCACUUGGGCGCCACAGAUUGCGACAGCAAGGUUGGGACAAGUUACGAGGCAAGAAAGAGUAGAGGACAUGAGUGUCCGAUUUGUCUCAAAGUGUUUCCAUCCGGACAAGCAUUAGGUGGCCACAAGAGGUCUCAUUUCGUGGGAGGCACUGAGGCUAAAAAUAACCAGAGCAUCGCAAUUCAAGAACCAAUCCCAGCAAUCAGAGAUUUUCUUGAUCUGAAUCUCCCUGCUGAUCCUGUUGAAGAAGAAAGCAAUGGACUUGUGGGAUUGAAUCCAUGGUGGAUUGGAAGCAGUAAUGAGCUCGAAGGGCUUGUUGGUUUGAUUUCUAACUGA